CUCCCCUGCAGCUGGGUCGGCUAUGAACAAGCCAACUGCAAGGGUGAGCAGUUUGUGUUCGAGAAGGGCGAGUACCCCCGCUGGGACUCAUGGACCAGCAGUCGGAGGACAGACUCCCUCAGCUCCCUGAGGCCCAUCAAAGUGGACAGCCAAGAGCACAAGAUCAUCCUCUACGAAAACCCCAACUUCACGGGGAAGAAGAUGGAAAUCAUAGACGAUGAUGUGCCCAGUUUCCAUGCCCACGGCUACCAGGAGAAAGUGUCGUCGGUGCGGGUACAGAGUGGCACGUGGGUCGGCUACCAGUACCCCGGCUAUCGCGGCCUGCAGUACCUGCUGGAGAAGGGAGACUACAAGGACAGCGGGGACUUUGGGGCUCCCCAACCCCAGGUGCAGUCCGUGCGUCGCAUCCGCGACAUGCAGUGGCACCAACGGGGAGCCUUCCACCCCUCCAACUAGUGCCCCCCUUUUCCUCCUUCCCAGGGGCUUGGUCUGUUGCCCAGGAUCCCCCCCCAGACCUCCUGGCGAGUGAAUAAAGUGUGACUUGCAAUUUG